GGUUGAGAAAUGCCACCGUCUACACUAGCGCCCCUAGUGGCGAAACUCGUUGGCAUUCUAUCUGAUUUCUGAACGAAUUCGUAGUAUGUCAAGUUUGACGUUUUAAAGUGAGGUUAGAAAAAGUUAGGUUAGUUUGUACUGCAAGAUUUUGUUAUUGUUUCUUUUAUUUACAAGAUGUUUGUGGAUAUAAUUAAUGCCAAAAGUCGUCUGCUCGACGUGUUCGCCGACCUUGAUGACGACGAACUGAUUGCCAUGGAACAGUGGAUUGGGAGUAAACAGUAUAAAAAAGAUUUGGAGAACAAAAAAUCAUUAAUCAAAUCAGAUGAAGCAAUAACCAAAAUAGUGGACGUGAUCAAAGGCAUGGUGCCAUUUGAGGCAGAGAUGGCAUCGGAGAAAAUUGAAUAUCCCAUAGUAGGGGAUGCAGCGGACUGCAACAAAGUGAACACUCGGCAUGUGGACGAGUUCCUGUACGAUGAGGAACAGGUUCAGGAGCUUGUGAAGGACGGGAAGCUGUCCAGACAUUAUUGCAUUGAUUGCAAUUCACAGAAUAUUAAAGAGCUGACAUACAUUUCGCAUUCUAAAUCCAGAUUACAGCUUCAGUACAUAUAUAAAGUUCUGCUCCCAAAGGAUCUGGAGUGCAAACUAAUUUUGGAUGUAGGCUCCAGGUUUGGCGGCGUUUUGUAUGGCGCAUAUUACUUCACAAACGCUUCUAAGAUCGUUGGCAUCGAACUCAACAAAGAAUGUUGCGAAGUACAAGAAAAAAUAAUAUCUCAAUUCAAAAUGGGCAAAAGAAUACAAGUGGUCAAUUCCGAUGUACUAAACAAAGGUGACUUAGUAGCGAAAAGCGAUGUUUGUAUCAUCAAUUGUUUGGAUUUCUUUGUGAGUACAGAGGAGCAUAAGAGAUUGUGGUAUUUCUUCAAAGAGCAUCUAAAAAAGGGUAGUUAUGUAGUCCUGGAUAGAAGUAUUGUAGAUACACUGCAGCCGUUGGAUAUAUUUGAUGAAUUUGCGGAUUGGCUGAGUGUCAGCAAACCAAUGCAGUUAGAGAAUGAGAUCUUGUUUGAUGUAGAAGAAUUACAUCAGUUGUAUCUGUACAUUGUUAAUUAAUACAUCUGUACAUUAAAUGAUAUAACAGUUAUUAUUGCUUUAAAUCAGC